AACAAAGUGAAUUUUUGCAAAUAAAAGAUCAAAAGUAUUUAUUGUUAGAAGUCACUGACUGCAAUAGUAAGAAGUAUACAUUUUUGGAAGUUAGAUUUUUUUCAGUGUACUUUCAAGAGUUGUGACGUAGACAAAGAGACAAAAAGUAAAGAAAAAAAGCUUUAUUUUUCGCAUAUGUCGUCCGUACAAGAAGAAAUACGUUAAAAUUGCAAAACAUUGAUUGAAUCGCGCAAAAUGUUUUGGAAGUUGUGGUGAAGCAGACGUAAAAUCCAAGCAAGUGAAAACAGUUAAGAAAAAUUUACUUUCAAAUUUAAUUUUGAAUUUUCAUUUUAAUUUUUGGAUAAAAAAUUUUUACUCAGUCAAAAUUACAAAGAAGCAGAUUUUGUUUCUCGAACUGCCAGCAAAUAAUGUGAAAAAUAUUUCUGAAUUAAAAGGAGAAACAAAUGAAACAUUAAUAAUGCAAAAAAGUAACUGAAAAAAUUGCUUAAUGCCUUCAAUUUCCGUUUUGAUAUUUUUUCAAUAAAUUAUAAAUACUGUGAUAAAUAGAAAAAAAAACAUUUUUGUUCAAAUUUGACAAAAGUGCGUGUGCUGCGAUUACAAAAAAAAAAAAUUAUAACGUUAAUUUUGUUCUGAAAGUUUUCAACGAAAGCAGUUUCAACAUGUCAGUUCCUGUGCUUUUAACCGUUUUGGACUCGAACGCAGCUGCUACGCAAGCAGCAACGCCUGCUGCUACGCCAACGUCCAACUUGCUGCUUGAUGACCACAACAAAAGUUGUGCUUCCUAUGUGGAUACAACCGCACUAACGCCAACUAACCUCAUCUCAUCCAAUUUGGAUGACACAGUAGCGCUCAAAUCGUGUGUGCCCACUUUGCGGAAGUUUGCUGUGAAAAUGGACAGGCAGUUGAGGGACAAUGAACGUGUAGGUUUGACUGGUAAUUCAAAAGCUUUGGGGCAGUGGCAAUUAGAACGCUGUGUCACUUUGAGUACUGAAGACAAUGUGCACUGGAAUGCUACCGUGUUGCUGCAAUCUUGCCAAAAUGUCAACUAUCGCUACUUCGUAUAUGUUAAAGAUACACAAGGACGUAAGCAUAUCAGAUACUGGGAAACACAAUUCGAGCCACGUAAAUUGCAAACUAAUAACACCAACGUGAACCAAGUGGACCGCUUCGGUGAGAUGUCUAAUGAAAAACCGCAAAUUAAUCGAGGUUGGCUAACAAAUGAUUCCAUCGUGCAAUUUAAGUUCGAACGUGAGACAUUGUUCCAAGUCAAAGAUAUCAAUAAAUUCGAUCCUGAUAAUGUCUUAAUACGUAUUGUGCCACUGCAAGCUGAUAUGGAGACAGCGUUGGAAGAGUCAUUGGAAACAGGUCUUAAUAUUGAAGUGGCAAAGCUGAAGUAUGGCGAGAGCAGAUUGCAACCGCAACAAACCUUUGGUAUACCUUAUGAACGUGGUGAUACUAUUAUUUUCCACAUACAUGUACCAUAUGCACAUGAAAAAGCUUUUGCGUUAGUAUUUCAUAAUUCGGAGAAGGAACCUAUUGGAAAAGCUUUAAUAACGCCGAGUAGUUUGGCUGGCAGUGAAGGCGUUUUGGAGCUCAACAUUACUGAAGCAAAUCCUCAAGCAGAAAACAUAAUUGCUCACUUAACCCUACCGUAUUUGAUUGUCAAUCCAUUCACAGAUACAGCUUUAGAUUUUCGCACAACCUAUGCACAUUUUUGGCCUAAAACUUGGCCUAAUUUGGAUGUGGGUCAUCGUGGUAAUGGUCGCAGCUAUAUUGCUAGUCCACCUGACGAACGUGAGAAUACUAUUGCCUCCUUUAUGCGGUCGUAUGAGAGCUUUGCAGAUAUGGUAGAACUUGAUGUACAUCUCACUGCUGAUGGCGUACCAAUAAUUUAUCACGACUUUGGCGUUAAAACAGCACCGCUGGGCAAAAAAAUAACAAGUAAAGAUCAAUUACAAUUUGUGCUUAUCAAGGAUAUCACUUAUGAAGCACUGAAGCAGCUGCGUGUUUUUGCUGUGAUUAAUAAUGAACCUAAAGAAUUUCCAGCACAUAAUGUUGAACCACGUGCAGACCAUCGCAUAUUUCCUACAUUAGCUGAAGUACUUGAAGCAUUACCGAAACCUUUAGGUAUUGAUGUUGAAAUUAAAUGGCCUCAGCGUACUGCCGGUGGUGGUGUAGAAGCUAAACAAACUAUUGACAAAAACUUUUUUGUGGAUCGAGUGUUGAACACAGUCAUAACUUUGGGUUGCGGUCGUCCUUUGCUCUUCUCAAGUUUCGAUGCCGACAUUUGUACGAUGUUACGUUUCAAACAAAAUCUCUUCCCUGUUUUGUUUUUGAGCAUAGGAAAAACUAGCAAAUGGUCUUCUUAUAUGGAUUUGCGUACGCGUUCCUUUGAGCAGGCUAUAAAUAAUGCACAAGCCUUUGAAUUGGCUGGCACUGCGCCACAUGCUGAAGAUUUCUUGGAGGAGAAUGGCGCAGAAUUGAUGCAAAAAGCUAUACUAUUGGAACAAAUUACGCUAGUCUGGGGUGAUGAUUGUAAUUCUAAUGAGCGGGUCAAGUAUUUUCGUGAUAUUGGUGCUACUGCCAUAUGUUACGAUCGCACUGAUCUUUAUGUGCCAAAAACUAAGACAACCGCCUUCUUCAAUUCCACGAGUUUAAUGAAUGUCUUCGAGGAACGUUGCAUGCGUCAAAAUUAGUUACUUUUUUAAUUAUAAUUUUUAUUUUUAAAAUUAAACAAUUAAGAACAGAAAUUUUAAAUAUAAG